GCGCGGGACAUCGCCAGUCGACACUGGCGCGUGCUCGGCGGCAAAGUUGCGCGGCUCUCCGAUACUAUGGACGUUCGUUUUGUGUUAAAUUCACAACUUGUGCACGUUGUGAGUUCUGUGCAGUUAUAAAGUGUUAUUGUGCAGACAAAAUUGUUUACACUCUGGAUUUUCUUCAUAAAAUUGGCGGGCGAAAGUUCUAUUCUCAUGAGAAAAUACCUACAUUCGAACGUGCGAAGUUAAUUUUGUAAAUAGGUAGAAUAACCCAUAAUGUUACGAGAAACGAAGUGAUUCUAUCGAAGAGCAAAAUAAAGAAGUCAAGAUGAAGCAGCUAGUGAACAAGAACCUUAUCACGCUAAAAUGCGUGCUGUUCUGCUUCCUCUCAGGUGUGGGGUGCAUUUUCCCGUUCCUGCCAUUGCACAUGCUGUCGGUGGGCCUGGACAGGGGGGAGGCUCGGCUAAUAUCUGCAGUCGCGCCCUGCAUCGCUCUGCUGGGGCCGGCUAUAUUAGGACCACUGAUUGACAAGUUAUCAGUGGGCCGAGGCUCCACGGGCGGCGGCAAUGGCCCCAGCGGCUCCGGACGCCUGCUUCGCAUGGUGACCGCUCUCUGCCUCAUAUUGAGUGCCUUGUUCUACACGCUACUUCUCGCUGUGCCUUAUACUGAGCGACAUACGGCUCGUCGACCUCAAGUGCUUUUCAUGUGCGACGCGGAUGGCGCUUACGUCAUGCAGGAAGUCUGCACAGAGGGUAUGCGGUGCAACAGAUGGCCGGGAGAGAAGACAGGCGUGUUGGCAGUGGGAGCGUGUGAGUACGGGUGUGCCGACGACAACAUGACCUGGGUUCUGGAGCCGUUCACCACCACAUCUACCACCACAACGCUCAGCCCCAUGUACAACAGUGUGGCUAAUGCUACGCCGCCAGCGCCAGUAGAGCAAGACGACGACGACGGUAUGGACUUCGAGACGAACCCCCCCCACCUGUGCUACAACGGCACGUGUCAGGUGUACAUGGCGCACGCGGGGCGCAUGCGCGUGCCGCUCUCUCUACUCGCGCCGGACCCGCUCGACAACGCCACCGACGAGUACGAGUGGUGCACUUAUCGCACAGGUUUACCAUCCCACUGUCUAGUACCAGCAGACAAGCUGGAAUAUAGCGAGGACUGCCGUCCAGCCGUGAGGUGUCAGGUGUUGGACCCGUAUGAUGAGCCGGGCGGCGUGUUGGCCGACGCUGAGUGCCGGCUAGUCAUCGGAGACCCUGCUUACAGCUUCUGGACGUACUUCGUCAUCAGGGUGUUAGCAGACAUUUGGCCAACAGCCGCAUUAGCCCUGCUGGGCGCCGCGUGUGUCAUAGCCACGCGGGAGACUUCUUUAGGACGAGGCGACGUCGGCAGGCAGCUGGCGUUUGGCACAAUCGGCCUCGCUAUCUUCCCCCCGCUCGCAGGGCUAGCUGCUCAGGAGAUGCCUGAAACUCCUUACUUAGUGCCUUUCAUAAUGCAUGCCGUCUUUAUGAUCAUUGGCGCCAUCAUUUUGUUGGUUGACAAAAACAUGCCGCUAUCGACCCCAGAAUGGUGGUGGCACACGGCGACUGGCGUGCUGGCUAUGCCGAUGAAUGUGAUCCGUCGGUACGGUGCUGAAACAGCUGCGGUGUUUGCCGUGGUCGCUCUACUCGGCAUAUUGUGGAGUGGCAUCGACGCCUAUUUGCCAUGGACGGUAAGGGAAGUGAACGGCACGCUGACAGAGUUGGGUCUGAUGAUGACAGUGGGCGCACUGCCCGCCAUACCGGCGCUGUGGUGGGCCGAGGCCCUGGUCGACUACAUCGGACACUCAAACGUCUUCAUCAUGGCUUUCACCUUCUACUGUCUGCGCUAUACUGGUCUAGCAUAUAGUAAGGACUACAUAGGGCUUGUAUCCUGCGAAGUUUUGGAAGUGUUCACCCUGAGCCUGGUGUGGGUGACAGCAGUGCUGUACUUCAGACAUCUCGUGCCGAGGAAAUACACCGCCACCGGUCAAGCCUUGCCUGUUAUAGCUCAUUUUUGUCUUGGUCGCUGCAUCGGCGCGAUUAUAAGCGGGAUGGUGACACUUGAACCUCCGCUGGAGUCGGCUCGCGACGUGUGCCGCGCGCUGGCCGUGGUGGCGCUACUGGCUGCAGCUAUCUACCUCGGACUGUACCACCUGCUGCUGGCGCCGCGGUGCGCUUCACCGGCGCAGUCACCGCCUCAUCACCUAUUGCAAGGAUUGAACACCAACGGAGCGUCUAACGGAACAUACUCCCCGAUGCGAGUCUACCACGAAGAACGUUCCAGAAAGGGCCAUUUCCGCUAUUAGUCACACACCGCUUGUUGUUCGCUUAGUCCUACGUUAUUCCUUCUGUCUAUCAAUCUGUGUACCUAUCAUAGCAUAAUAUUUUUUAACAAUUUAAAGUACAUAAGUUUUUUUAUAAGUACAGAAAUGUGAUACCCUUAAGUGCUUCUUAAAUAUUUGUUUUUAAUUUUUUAUUCAAAAACAGUAUUUAUUUCACAAAUUAUAUUUAAGUCACUUAUAAUUGUACUGCCUUAUGGUUGCAUUUGUAUAAUUUUACUGGAAAACGUUUUUUAAUAAAAUUAAGUCUUUAUCCAA